AUGGAUUAUCCAUGCAAAAAAAACGAAAUAUGUUUCGCAGGCGACAAAUCCAACACACCCCUCUGUAAGUGCAUCAGAGAUUGCCCCAAGAACUGUCUAGACUAUUAUCAAAAUGGUUCUAAAACCGACGGUGUGUACUGGGUUUACCCUGAUGACGAAGAACCUUUUCAAGUGCUGUGUGACAUGACGACUGAUGGCGGAGGAUGGACCACCUUUCAAAGGCGCAUGGAUGGUUCUGUAGACUUUUAUGUCGACUGGGAAUCAUACAAAAAAGGCUUUGGAAAUCUGGAGGGCGAGUUUUGGCUCGGAAACGAUUAUCUUCACCGUCUGACUGCGUCUGCUAACAUGGUGUUUCGAAUUGAUAUGGAGGAUUACGAAGGCGUCCGACGAUUUGCCGAGUACACGACUUUCGCUGUGGCCGACGAAAGCGUAGAUUAUCGGGUGACGAUCGACGGGUAUCGAGGCGCCGCAGGCAACGCAUUGGCACCAUCUGACAGAAAUGGUAUCAGAAAUAUGAGCUUCACAACCAGGGACAGAGACAACGACGAUGAUAGCGGAAAAAACUGUGCGUUAGCCUAUAGAGGUGGCUGGUGGUAUAGUGCCUGCCAUAACGCAAAUCCAAAUGGUUUGUACCAAGGUGGAAGUCACGCACAAGGAAUUACCUGGGCACCAUUUCGAGGACAAGAUUAUUCGUUAAAACACACUGAGAUCAAACUUCGACCAGCAUGAUUUUAUUUGAAGAA